AUGGAUAACGAUCUGGAGGUCAGCUCGAUCACCUGGAAUGAGGUAAGAAAGCACACAUUCCUGCAUGACCGGUGGAUGGUGAUCGAUAACAAAGUCUAUGACGUAACAAAAUGGCAACAUCGCCACCCCGGUGGUAGAAAAGUUUUGUCCCAUUUUGAAGGCCAAGAUGCCACCGAGGCAUUUCUCGCCUUUCACAAAAAUCCUACUCAAAUUCAAAAAUAUUUAAAGUCAAUGUAUGUUGGAGAGCUUGAUCAGUUUGAAUUCGAUGAUAAUGAGAAAGAGGAGAUGAAAAAACGAAUGGCCUAUGUGAAAGAUUUUGAAAUGCUACGCCAGAAAAUGCACAAGUUGGGUCUUUUCAACGCAAGCAUAACGUUCUUUAUGGGGAUGCUAGCGCAUAUAUUAUUGCUUGAGAUGCUGGCAUACUUGAACCUCCUAUUUUACGGAACGAGUUGGUUUCGGUGGACCAUUUCCGUCUUGUUAUACACUGUUUCACAAGCUCAGGCCAGUUGGUUACAGCACGAUCUGGGGCACUUGUCAGUAUUCAAAACAACGCGAAUGAACCAUCUGAUGCAUGAAUUUGUCCUCGGCUCCCUCAAGGGAUCUUCGUGUCAUUGGUGGAAUCACAUGCACUCUCAACAUCAUGCCAAACCGAAUGUGAUUGACAAAGAUCCUGAUGUUCGAUUAGAACCCCUUCUGGUCGUGGGAGAGGUCAUUCCUGCUAGAGCAGCAUCAAAAGAGAAUAAGUGGCCUCGGCAUAUGCCAUACGAGUACCAGGAUAAAUACUUUCUGUUCAUCUUCGCAACGCUUUUGUUUCCUGUGUACUUUCAAUACAUGUCAAUUCGACACAUCUUCCUCCGGAAAAAAUGGGAGGACAUGGCCUGGGUUUCUCUCUUCUUCAUCAAGUUGUUCAUAUUGUAUUAUCCCCUUUUGGGCUUCUGGGGCUCCAUAGGUUAUUUAAUGACAUUCCGUGCGCUCGAAAGCCAUUGGUUCACCUGGGUCAGUCAGUCCAAUCACAUUCCGAUGGAAAUCAGCUAUGAUCGAGGUGAGGCCUGGCUACCGAUGCAAAAUCGUGCAACAUGCAAUGUGGAGCAUUCACUUUUCAACGACUGGUUCACAGGACACUUGAAUUUUCAACUGGAACAUCACCUCUUUCCCACAAUGCCACGGCACAACCUGAUCAAAGCGCAGCCGUAUGUGAGGGAGUUGUGCGAGAGCCACGGUUUGCACUAUCCUGUUAAACCGAUGGGAGUGGCUUUUGUGGAUAUUCUCAGGUCCCUGAAGACUUCUGCUAACAUAUGGAAGAAACUUUCUGGUGGAACACAGUGA